CACCGCGCACUCUCCCUUCCCGCCUUCCAUCUCUGCCAGGCUCCGCUACGUUCUCUUGCCACCUCACAGCCCCCGCCCAGUUGCCAUGGCCGCUGUGUACCGCCCGGGCCUGCGGCUUAGCUGGCAUAGGCUGAGCCCCUGUGGCUGGUCAUCACAGCGCAGCAUCCAGACCCUGCGAGUACUCAGUGGAGAUCUGAGCCAGCUGCCUACUGGGGUUCGAGACUUUGUGGAGCGUAGUGCACGACUGUGCCAACCAGAGGGCAUCCACAUCUGUGAUGGGACUGAGGCAGAGAACUCUGCCACACUGACCCUGCUGGAGCAGCAGGGACUCAUCCGAAAGCUCCCCAAGUACAGUAACUGCUGGCUGGCCCGCACAGACCCCAAGGAUGUGGCACGAGUAGAGAGCAAGACGGUGAUUGUAACUCCAUCUCAACGAGACACGGUGCCCAUCCCGACUGGUGGGGCCCGCGGGCAGCUGGGCAACUGGAUGUCCCCAGCUGAGUUCCAACAAGCUGUGGAUGAGAGGUUUCCAGGCUGCAUGCAGGGCCGAACCAUGUAUGUCCUUCCAUUCAGCAUGGGUCCUGUGGGUUCCCCACUGUCCCGCAUCGGAGUGCAGCUCACUGACUCGGCCUACGUGGUGGCAAGCAUGCGUAUUAUGACCCGGCUGGGGACGCCUGUGCUUCAGGCCCUCGGAGAUGGUGACUUUGUCAAGUGUCUGCACUCCGUGGGUCGGCCCCUGACUGGGCAAGGGGAGCCGGUGAGCCAAUGGCCAUGCAACCCAGAGAAAACCCUGAUUGGCCACGUGCCUGACAAGCGGGAAAUCGUCUCCUUCGGCAGCGGCUAUGGUGGCAACUCCCUGCUGGGCAAGAAGUGCUUUGCCCUUCGCAUCGCCUCUCGGCUGGCCAGGGAUGAGGGCUGGCUAGCGGAGCACAUGCUGAUCCUGGGUAUCACCAGCCCUGCGGGGAAGAAGCGCUAUGUGGCAGCCGCCUUCCCCAGUGCCUGUGGCAAGACAAACCUGGCCAUGAUGCGGCCAGCACUGCCAGGCUGGAAAGUGGAGUGUGUGGGGGAUGACAUCGCCUGGAUGAGGUUUGACAGUGAUGGUCGACUCCGGGCUAUUAACCCUGAGAAUGGCUUCUUCGGGGUGGCCCCUGGUACCUCUGCCACCACCAAUCCCAAUGCCAUGGCCACAAUCCAGAGUAACACUCUUUUCACCAACGUGGCUGAGACCAGCGAUGGUGGCGUGUACUGGGAGGGCAUUGACCAGCCUCUUCCACCUGGCGUCACUGUUACCUCCUGGCUGGGCAAGGCCUGGAAACCUGGUGACAAGGAGCCCUGUGCACAUCCCAACUCUCGCUUUUGUGCCCCGGCUCGCCAGUGUCCCAUCAUGGACCCAGCCUGGGAGGCUCCGGAGGGUGUCCCCAUUGAUGCCAUCAUCUUUGGAGGCCGCAGACCCAAAGGAGUGCCCCUGGUAUACGAGGCCUUCAACUGGCACCACGGAGUGUUUGUGGGCAGUGCCAUGCGCUCUGAGUCCACUGCUGCGGCUGAACACAAAGGGAAGGUGAUCAUGCAUGACCCAUUUGCCAUGCGGCCCUUUUUUGGCUACAACUUUGGGCACUACCUAGAACACUGGCUGAGCAUGGAGGGGCGCAAGGGGGCCCGGCUGCCCCGCAUCUUCCAUGUCAACUGGUUCCGGCGUGAUGAGGCUGGCCGCUUCUUGUGGCCAGGCUUCGGAGAGAAUGCUCGAGUUCUAGACUGGAUCUGCCGGCGGCUAGAGGGGGAGGACAGUGCCCGAGAGACACCCAUCGGGCUGGUGCCAAAGGAAGGCGCCUUGGAUCUCAGCGGCCUGGGAGCCAUAGAUACUGCCCAGCUGUUCUCGCUCCCUAAGGACUUCUGGGAACAGGAGGUUCGUGAAAUUAGGAGCUACCUAACAGAGCAGGUCAACCAGGAUCUGCCCAAGGAGGUACUGACUGAGCUGGAGGCCCUGGAGAAACGUGUGCGCAGAAUGUGACCUGAGGCUCCAGUCUAGCCAGAGAGCACAGCAUCCCCCUACUCCCCACUGCCAUCUGGGACUAGGAGAGCAACUAGGCUUGCAGAAAAUAUGAGCAAUUUGAUGUAACAUCUUCUGGGAGACUUGAGACCAGGCCAGAGGCCUUUCCCCACAUGCUAUCCAAUAAGAGAUGCUCAUUUAUUUUACACAACACUUGUGUUUUCAUUUCCCACUUAUCUUCACAGCUUCCCUCUAACACCAAUUUCACAAUCUUCUUCCAACUCCUCUAAGCAACUGAUGUCCCAUAGACAGCUCUAUCUACAAGCCAUCUAAGUAGGAAUUCCUGGGAGUAGGCACUAUCUACUCUGUGUCCUGAGGUCUUAAAAAGGUGGAGUCCUUUGCCAGCUGCUCAGUACAGCCUCCAGGCCUAAAAUUCCUGACCUUCCACUCAGACUAGCAGAAGCCUCUAUAACCCCAUUCUCCAGUGAAGUGGUUUACUGUCAAUUCUCAAAACUGUUCUUCCUCCUGCCUGACCUAAAAUUGGGACUCACAAAGUAUUCAUGAAAGCUUAUUCAAUAUUAGGACAACUAACAUUUCUAUAGCAUUUUCUGUGUGCCAGGCACUGUCCUAAGCACAUACAAAACAACCCUUUGAGGCAAGUUACUGAUGAAGAAGCAAAGGCACAGAGAGGUUAAGUAAUUACUCAAGGUCACAAAGUAAGCAGUAGAGCCAAAGGUAAAUGAUAACUGCAGAGCCAUGUCUCUCACAGAAGCAGAGACUUUUAGAAGCCCCCUAUUUCAUGCUUCUCAAACUUAGAAGUGCAUAUGAAUCACCUGGGGAUCUUACUAAAAUGCAGAUUCUCUUUCAGCAAGUCUGGGGUGGUCUGGAGAUUCUGAUUUUCUUACAAGCUCCUGGGUGAUGCUGAUGCUGCUGGUCCAGGGACCAUAGUUUGAGUAGCAAGGCCUUGGCCUAAACUCUGAAAUCAAUUUGAGGGAAACUACAAAGAGAGAGAGAUGAUCCUACAUAAAUCAGGGGCAUCAACUGAGGAUAACUUCAUCUGUGAUCUGGAUCAGGCUGAGUCAAUGUAUAAACUGAGGUGGGUAAGAUAGAAGUCUGUGUAAGAACAGAACAGACUAAAGGUCAGAGUGGACACAUGCUAAAAUACAGUAAGCAAUGGAGUCCAUUGCACUUAAAAAUAUACAGACAAAUCCUCAGCUUCAUAAAUAGCAUGUGAUGACUAAAA